UACCGCGCUCGACGCUACGUACGCGGGAGUGAGGCGAUGGUGAGGCGGUGAGUACAGCAGACCAUUGCAUGCUAGUUUCUAGUGUGGUGCGGCCGACUGAGAAGAAGAAGAACAAACGUGUUUAUCUAGUCGAGAAGGGAGGGAAAAAAAAAAGCUCCGGCGAUAUGUGGAUGUGUCGACGACGCCGGUUUGUGGCGUGUUGUCUUCGUUGUGGCGGCAGCCGUCGGAGCUAGCCGAACCAGCGUCGAUCACCAAAAGCGACGACGCCAACCACGGCCACACCGCCGUCGUCCGGCUCGCGCCGCCGUUGUCGCAUUAAGGGUGUGGGUGUCCGAUUGGUUAGAAGUGCCGCUCGUGUCAACACGACAGGACAACGUCAGCGUUCACGUCCACUGCAUCAAAGUGAGUUCUGGUGUGGGACAGGUCUCGUAGUCGUCGGGGAUCCCAAACAGGAGCCAACGAGAACAGAGCUGAACUACGCGCACAGGUUGCUAUCAGUGAGACAAACGACGUCACUGAGCACGCCUGGAAGAAGUAAACAGCAGCUAGUGAUCACGGUUUUUGUUGUUCCAUCAGUACUGUACCAGGACUGACGAGCAAGAAAGCAGCUGAUCUGAUUCAACGCCUGCGGAACCAUCUUCAAUUCACACCAGGAGACCUCUCGAGCGUGGUGUAAUAUAAGUGUUGGUUGUAGCAUCACUCCUGGUAUCCGAAGUCCAGCGCUUGCAGGAUCAGCGGAAGAGUCGACGACAAGGCACCUACGUUUCACAACUACCGUGCGUUGGGAACGGUGACUGCAGCAAACUCGGCUUCAAAGGUGCACCAGAACCUACAAAAGCUCGACAAAGUCCGGACCUACAAGACUGGACACUGUUACGAUGACCAGUCUACAAGACACGGUCGUCCCGGAGGCGGACAAGCCUUGCAAGGGCGAACUGCCUGUGGUGCACGAGGUGAACAACGUCGUCGAGAUGCACGGUGGUGUUGGGGGCGUCCGCGCGGACAAGUUCCCGACGUCCGGCAUCGGCGGCAAGCCGUCGCUGACGACGUUCGCCAACAUUCCGUCCGAAGACCCGCGAGACAAGAAGUGUCGCGUGGCUCAACUCAAGUCUAGGAUCGCCGUAUUCAGGAGGACCCGGUCUCUGAAUGCCCCAAGUCCCGUGUACCAGUUCGGACCAUGCGGUCGCAUCCUCAAAAACUCAGCCAUGGUCAUGACCAUACAGGACCCCGCGGGCCAGCGGCUGACGUGGCACAAACCACCGCUGUCUGUGCUCGUCAUCAAGAAGACCAUGGACGCCACCGUCGUCAAGCCCUUCAACGAGCUCGUCCAGUGGCUCAUCUGGGUCAAGAACAUGGUUGUUUUCGUUGAAGACGCCAUCUUGGAGGACCCCUUCUUGAAGAACAACAAGACCUUCCUCGAGGUCAAGGACAAGCUCUGCACCUUCACAGAAGGUAGAGAUGAGCUCACAGACCGUAUCGACUUCAUCAUCUGUCUCGGCGGAGACGGCACGCUGCUCUACGCUUCUUCGCUUUUUCAGCAAAGCGUGCCCCCCGUGAUGGCUUUCCACAUGGGCUCCCUGGGGUUCCUCACGCCGUUUGACUUUGACAACUUCCAGGACAAGGUCAACAACGUGCUCGAAGGGCACGCAGCGCUCACCCUACGAAGCAGACUAAAAUGCAGCAUAUACCGCAGCGAGAGCGAUUCCAACGACAAUAAUCUCAACUGCAAUUCAUCAUGCCUAGUUCUCAACGAGGUUGUCGUGGACAGGGGUCCUUCGCCCUACCUAUCCAACAUUGACCUCUACCUGGACGGUAAACUCAUCACCACUGUCCAGGGUGACGGUCUUAUUGUGUCCACGCCCACGGGUUCCACGGCGUACGCGGUGGCGGCGGGUGCCUCGAUGAUCCAUCCCAGCGUGCCUGCCAUCAUGGUGACGCCCAUCUGCCCGCACUCCCUCUCAUUCCGCUCCAUCGUCGUGCCGGCCGGCGUGGAGCUCAAGAUAAUGGUUUCGCCUGAGGCCCGCAGUUCGGUGUGGGCCUCCUUCGACGGUCGCCUUCGUCAGGAGCUCCAACAUGGAGAAAGCCUGAAGGUGACCACGUCAAUUUACCCGGUGCCUUCGAUCUGCGACCAGGACCAGAUAUCGGACUGGUUCGACAGCCUCGCCGAGUGCCUGCACUGGAACAUGCGCAAGAAGCAGCGCCAGCUCACGGAAAGCUCUGACAUCGAGAAGACGACCUCAGAGCCCAAAUAAUCCGCGACUUAUU